UUUCUUUUACUUCCUUUAAGACAGAACCCAAAGUCUUGGAAAAGCAAACAAGUUAUUCACGUCUGCGUCCGAGAAAGCCAGCGGGCUCUUGCUUAACAGCGCUGGGUUUUCGUUUAUCUUGAGUAAUUAGAGGCAAACAUUUGUCCCAACGGGGGUCCCACUUAGGCUGAUGAAUUUGAUUUCUUGUUUCAUUAAUGGGCCGUGUUUAUCAUACUUCUAAUUAUUUCAACUUUAAACACUAUUUGUUCUUGUGAGGAGGUGGGAGUUGAAGCAGGAAGCUUUUCUCCUGAGGGUAUUAUUUCCACUAAUAAUGGUAAGAAUCCUGAAUCAACUCCCUUCCCUCUCAUGGCUGAGGUUGGAGGUGGGCUUGGGAUGGGGGGGGGGUCUAGCUGGUAGGGGAGAGAGGCCUAGAAGCUGAAUGACUUUGCUUCUCUCUUGAUAGCUACCCAGUUUCCGUCUAGGGGUGUGUUGUUUGAAGAUUAUUCUAGAAUUUGUCAAUUUGAUCCUUUUCUGACACUCACUGUUUCCUCUCAGGCUGGGUUCCAAUCCCACUGUCCCCUGCAAAGCUCUUCCCUCAAAACCUUCUAUCCAGCCAGCACAGCAUGUCCUAGAUGGAGACACUGUCCCUACCCCAGCUGCUAUCACUGAGAUAAAAGCUAGAAAGAGCUGAGGUAGUCUAGCCUCACCUGGCUGUUGGAGAAAGGGCCCUCCCUACCAGACUCCAAAACAAGGGACAAGGGCAGGGUUUUGAGAGGACAGACUCCAGGGACAGGCACACCAUGGAGGAAAAUAAAAGAGACAUGAGAGAGGGGGAGGGAACCCCCCAAAGCCAUAUAAUUCUCAAUUGCUUUGGUCUUUAAUUUCAUCGUCCCAUAAAUGAGGAAAUAUCAGUUCCCAUACUAAAUUUUUAUCCCCAGCUGAUAAAUAUGACGGGAAAUUUUCUUUGGGUCCUCGUAAAAGGGAACGGUUUCGAUCAAACUCGUGGGGAAAGACUUAUGCAGAUAAUACAAACAGAGUGGCCAUAAAGUCUCGGCUGUUUCCCGCGGGAUGGGCAGUGGGACAAAUGGCUCCCUAGAUUGACUGCUGCUGGGGACUGUCCCAAGUCUGAUCUGGGGCCUAAACAGCCUAACCUUGCCCUGGAUAACCCCCAGGCUGAAGCCAGGGCGACCCCUGCAAAUGAAAACAAAAUUAUUUCAAAUCUCCCUUGCUGGCCUGCAAACAAGUCGCACACUCCACGGAUCUUUUGAUUUUUCCCCCCUGGAGUGAAGGGACCCCUGGAUCUUCUUCUCCAUCCCUGGUUGUGGGAAUUCGGAGCACAAUUCUUUCCUUAGUCCUCUUCCAUCAUAGCUGGCUGUGGCCUCCAGGAAUCGGUCCGGCUUCUUCACUCAUCCACGCCCGUGCGCUCGGCCCUGGAAUCCUUUCCCAGCUAGGCUCUGGUCCUUCGAAAAAUGGAAAGCCCACAGCCUCUGCCCAGGGAAAAAUGCGGGACUACCGGAAAGACAAGUUAUUCUCCGGAUUCCGUUUCCUGAGGAAGGGGUGGAGAGUUUAGUUCGCUUUGGAAGAAAGGUGAUGGAGAAAUCGAACAAACUAUUUUAAACACACAUUUCCCUCUGUUUCUUCCCUUUAGUAAAACACACACACACACACACACACACACACACACACACACACAAAAUAGACCGCUCCCUCUUCUUUAAAAAAUACUUCCAGACCAAUCGCUUAAAAAGAACUCUGCUCAAAUGAGGUUUAGUUGAAUCUUGUGCUCCUUUCCCGCAUGCAUACGCCACUCCUCUAAUCCAACCAAGGCCUGCAGGUUCGGACUUUCUCUCCAGGAAUAUUCCUUGUUUUAGUAGGGGCAAGGUCAAGCGGAAAAAGAGAGCCACCCGCCGUGGCAUGGAGCAAAAUACCCUACCAAACCAGCUCCAAGGCCAAACAAAGCCCAGAGGCCGGAGCUGUUCACCAGUAGGGCCUAGGCUGCAACCCCAGGGUUGGGGAGAGGGUACCUCUAGUCUUCAGCUUCCUCAUCCAGUGAUCCCUAACUCCACUGGAAUCCUCCUUUGCCCAGAAUCCCUUAAAUGGCCGUGACCCGUUCCCGGGCCCACUCCAGACACUGGAGAUUCCCAGUUAGUCCUCACAAGGAACUUGCAACUCAACCAACCUCCAAGACUGGUGGUCCGGAGCUCCCAGGCCCAAGGGCCAAGCCGGAGGAACCGGAGGCAGGAGAGCAGAAACUUAGUUCUGCUUUUGAUUCUUUAACUUUCUCUUCCACCCUAAAGCCCACUGGAGAUCCUCCCCCCAAAGCAUCACCAGGCUCCCAACCCGAGAGAAGAAACAGGGGUAUGAGUUGAGGAAAGUGGAAGGUUGAAGAGAUGGGAAGGAAUACCUGAAUCUUGUCUUGACCUUUUAAUUUGAAUUUGACUGUUUUGGAGCCCUGGUUGCCUCACUCUCUCCUGCGUUUUCCCCCCCCUCCAUCCCCCUCCUCCCCUGGAGCUACAGGCUGGUUCUCUAGUAAACAAGCCCCACUCUUCCCAGAACAGCCCCACGUCCCUCCACCCACUCCACCACCACUCCAUCACCACCCCACCGCCCCUGCAGCCCGGGGGGCACUUUCUUUGUUCGCCAGGAAGGGCUCCCGUGCCCCUACCCCGAGACAGCUGCUAGGUGGCGCUGUUACUCCACGCUGUGCGCUCCGCCUGCCGACAACUUGACCCCGCUGACGUCACGGCCGUCUGAAUCAUCAAGGCCAUUUUCAAAUCCCAUUGGUCUAGCCGUCACAUGGUGAGGACCGAAUGCACGGAUAAUUAUGGAGCUGAUAUUUCCCCCCUCCCCUUCUUUUUCCUCCCACCCCUCCAACCACCCCCCCCUUCCCGGAUGGGGGAAAAAAAGAUGUCAGCUCCUCCGCUGUAGUGUUGCUCCUUAAAAACCCCUCUCUCUGAAAAUGACAUGCCCUCGCAAUGUAACUCCGAACUCGUACGCGGAGCCCUUGGCUGCGCCGGGAGGAGGAGAGCGCUAUAACCGGAGCGCAGGAAUGUAUAUGCAAUCUGGGAGUGACUUCAACUGCGGGGUGAUGAGGGGCUGCGGGCUCGCGCCCUCGCUUUCCAAGAGGGAUGAGGGCAACAGCCCCAACCUGGCCCUCAACACCUACCCGUCCUACCUCUCUCAGCUGGACUCCUGGGGCGACCCCAAAGCCGCCUACCGCCUGGAACAACCUGUUGGCAGGCCUCUGUCCUCCUGCUCCUACCCACCUAGUGUCAAGGAGGAGAAUGUCUGCUGCAUGUACAGUGCAGAGAAGCGGGCGAAAAGUGGCCCCGAGGCAGCGCUCUACUCCCACCCCCUGCCGGAGUCCUGCCUUGGGGAGCACGAGGUACCUGUACCCAGCUACUACCGCGCCAGCCCGAGCUACUCCGCGCUGGACAAAACGCCCCACUGUGCCGGGGCCAACGACUUCGAAGCUGAGCAGCGGGCCAGUCUCAACCCGCGCGCUGAACAUCUGGAAUCGCCUCAGCUUGGGGGCAAAGUGAGUUUUCCUGAGACCCCCAAGUCCGACAGCCAGACCCCCAGUCCCAAUGAGAUCAAGACGGAGCAAAGUCUGGCUGGCCCAAAAGGCAGCCCCUCAGAGAGCGAAAAGGAACGGGCCAAGACGGCAGACUCCAGCCCAGACACCUCGGAUAACGAAGCUAAAGAGGAGAUAAAAGCAGAAAACACCACAGGAAAUUGGCUGACAGCAAAGAGCGGAAGGAAGAAGAGGUGCCCCUAUACUAAACACCAGACGCUGGAAUUGGAGAAAGAAUUUCUGUUCAAUAUGUAUUUGACGCGAGAGCGCCGCCUGGAGAUUAGCAAGACCAUUAACCUUACAGACAGACAAGUCAAAAUCUGGUUUCAAAAUCGCAGAAUGAAACUCAAGAAAAUGAACCGAGAGAAUCGGAUCCGGGAACUGACCUCCAAUUUUAAUUUCACCUGAGCCAGCGUCAUCUCCUCCCCCUCCCCGUCUCUCCUUUCCCCGCCCCUCCUCCCUUUGUGCCUGGUGAUAUUUUUUUUUCCCUCCCUGAGUAUAAAUGCAACGCGCCUGCAAAAAAAAAAGGCAAAGACCUCAGACUCUCCUUCCAAGGGACCUAUGGUUCGCGCUGUGAGGAUGCUUCCACCUAAAGCAUGAGAAAUGGGGUGCUGGGUUUUGGGGUGUUGUGUGUGCCCUCAAAGAUGGGGUGGGAGUGUGGCUGGUGUGUGUGUCAACCCCUCACUCACCCACGCACUCACACGCAGCAUUCUGUUCUCCAUGCAAAGUUAAGAUUGAAUCCACCCGAUUAUAGGGGAAAGAAAGGGGGAAAAAUCAACCAGAGAGGGUCUGUAACCUGUAACCUCGGAGAGCACAGUCAGAAUUGCUCCCUCCUUGCUGCGUUUCCCCCCUUAGAAUAAUAGACAGUCUUGAAAGUUCGCCUAGUAUUUGUGUGUUUGUCAUAGCACCCAGCGUCUAGACUCAACCCUCCCUGUGUCUUUCCCUCUUCCCAGUGGCUCUGAGAAUCUGCUUGAAGUAUUUGUACUGCUUUCUGCUUUUCUCCCACCCCUCCCAGCACUCUGUAUCUCCCAUCUACUAACAUCUCAGAAAUUCCAUCCAGAAGAACAAAAAAAUUAAAAAUAGAACAUAGCAAAGUAAAGACACCCCCCCCCCAAGUUGUCCUGUCCCUGUCUGGGAGUUGUGUUAUUUAAAGAUAUUCUGUAUGUUGUAUCUUUUGCAUGUAGCUUCCUUAAUGGAGAGAAAAAAAAUCCUA